CGUCUUGUUGCUGCUCCGUAGACCUCAUCCAAAAUUCAACGACCAGUCAAUCUGAGUCCGUAUGGCCGACAAUGUUCUGGUUGCGACGCAUCUCUCACCGCUGUAUCCUCCAACUCAGGCUAGCAGUCUCGUAGUCCUCACCAAACAGAGCAAUGCACCUCUCCCGUUACCUGCAGCAGACGCAGAUUUGCCAUCAGAACAUGCAACCUAUUCACAGAUCUUUGACUCUCCAGAAACAGGAACUAUCCUGAUGCGUCUCCUUCAUGGAGGACUCAUUCUGGAGCUCAUAGCGUUGACUCAUGAGGUCACACCCUUACGUAUUGUCUUCCCCUUCAUCGUCCUCCCAUGUCCUUCUCUGCUCGUUUGGGAGUCCCGAGAGCUACAUGUCAUUGCCUUCACAAACUUUGGUUCGCUCUUCAGAGUUGUACUACCACUUCAAGGUGGUGCAAUACUCUGGCACAAUACUUCAAUACCCGGGAGGAAGUGGUGGCGGGAAUAUGUGGUCACGAAGGUCCACGGAAAUCUCAGCCGAUCUUUGGUGCAAGUGCAAGGAAGUUACUGCGUAGCUGUGUCCUUGCCAGAUGGCUCACUACUUCGAUUGGAAGCGAGACCUUUAGGAAACGACUCGGAGGAUGACCAAUGGGAUGAGAAUAUCUUUCAUCACACCUCUUUAUUCAAUUCUCUCGCUUCUUUUCUCCAUGCAGGAAUACCUGGUGCUUCGGACAUAAUAUCACUUGCAACACUACCACAACCAACUGACAUUGCGUACGUUUGGUCACUCUCGCGAGAUAGAACACUACGCCUCUGGACUGGCAUCGGAUGCGUUGCUGCGAAAACACUUCCCUCUACAUCGUCAGGAGGCCAAGCCCUUACUUCCCCCACUUCUUCCAAAGUACCAACUCUCCUUCAAGCUGAUCCUCAACGUCUACUUCGAGCUUUCGUCUCUCAGGAUUCCGAAGUUCCAUAUGUCAUUGUUUUCAUUCCCUCCGAAUCUGCCCUGAAUGCAGGAGCAUUCUACGUUAUCAGCACGGCUCAUGAUUACUUUCAAAUUGCAGAGGUCAUUGACUGCUCUGCCAACAGUGCGCACUGUCAUCUUCAAGACUUUAUCGUGAAGGAUGAAGUCUUGUACACGUUAUGGGAUCGUCAGGGACAAUCAGUAGUGCAAUGGGUGAAUGUCCUCGCCAAUCCUGCCAAAACCGACGGAGAGACAGAGUGGCGAACUGCAACUUAUCCUCCUGAAGUCGAACUUACCCCAGCAUACCUUGAUGAGUUACUACUCUCUCCAGGGUCCCUUACGGAUAGAUACUUUGAAGCUAUCAUGCGUCCAGGCAUGUUCUCGGACCUGACCCUCAAACGUGCCCUGUCUCAAUACACGGACGCAUGCCUCUCCCUUCAUGGCGAGCAACCCCCGCAAUUGAAUCCCCUGCGUACUUACACUUCUUUGGGCGAGAAUAUCGCUGCCGUCGUUGGGUGCACGGUGCAACUCACGAAAGACCCGCGCAGCGGUGCGCCACAGUAUGAUCAAUAUUGGAGUGCGUUAAAGAGGGACUGGGAGGGUUUUAUUGCGCGUUGUCGAGAGAUCGAGAGAAGUGUCCGUUGGCCGUUGUCCAUCGGUGUUGCAGAGUCUCAUUCUGGGGUCCUGAUAGUCGAGAGGGAGAGGCUGGCAUCUGUAGUGGAUCCGGACACGCCGCUACAGUUGCAUCGCAACUUCUCUUUGUCAGUCCCUGUCGACCCACAGUACGCCUUAUUGGAAAUCCUAUGGAUGCUCCGGACGAAGGUUGGCCGGAGAACCAUGGCAAACUUGGAGUCCAAGUUGGUCGGCAUUUCGCAGCAGGAGGUUGCUUUCGUCUAUGCAGACAUCAUUCAGGACACAGCAUCGAGCUUGUCUUUCAAGAAUGAUCUGGACGAGGGCCUCGACAGUUGGAUCACUGGUCGCCUUGCCAGCGUUGGAAACAUUCAAGCUGCUACACGAGAAGUCCUCGAUGUUAUUGGGGGCCUGAUAGGCGUAGUUAAGACAGAAGACGAGGAUGCACCAGAUGCAUUGCUACCAUCACCAAACCUGGAAUGGCGAAGAGCCCUUGCGGCAUCCUAUGCAACUAGUUCCAUUCAUGCAAGAUAUGACCUUUGCAUAACAUUGGUCACGUUGCUUUUCUUCCUUUCAGAAGAGGUCGAUCAAUGGGACGCAUCACUGCUGGAAGAAAUCUUUGUCGUGUUUAGGGGAGUCGCGAUACUGCGUUACGCCUCGCGUCAACCUGUUAGUACGAAUUCUCAGGGGACCGGGACUGAAGAAGAAGUCAUUGCGGGGCUCCGCAACAUGAACGUGUCUUCUGCGAGUCCUCAAUAUGCACCCACGAUAUCCCUGAUUCACCGGUUAAUAGACCAAGUCGAUCUCCGCUCUAGUAUUCCAACUGCUGCCCAUCACUUCCUGGACACCACGGGGGUAUUAUCAUCCCUUUCUGCUACGACAGCGACGAAGGAUGAAGUGGCCUUCUGUGAAAGGCUCAGGCUUCUUGGUUACCACGAAGCAACAAGAGAUAGCCUGGCGUGGUUCCCCAGAACACCUGCAGUUUGCUACGUAUCAGCUCGAUUAUGGAUCGAUGAGGGUCGAUAUGAUGAUGCAGCGUCCUUCAUGGAGACUCUCGCAGGCGUAUUUGGUUUGAAUAGUGGGCUGUCGCGAGACGACCGGGAGGCACUAGAAGCUGUGUUGCCUGGUGGAUUCUAUGACUCAGCGUUCCAUUUCUACCUACAUGCGGCCUCCCUCUUCAAAGCUGCGGGUGUCACGUCGUAUGAAGUGACCUUCUCGCAGCUAGCGCUUUCGGUAGCCCCAUCUGGUCUGAAUACGAGCUCAUUAUGGUACAAUGUGAUUAGAGGUCUCAUAGACCUCGGUCUGUACCAGGAUUCGUACGCGACACUGCUUGCUUGUCCAUACGACAAAUUGAAACGUGAAUGUAUCAGUCAACUGGUUUACCGAAUGUGCGAAGAGAAUGCGGUCGAUCGUCUCAUGUCGUUCAAUUUUGCCGGACUCACCACCGAAGUGGAAGAAGCACUGUCAUUCAAAGUAAGGAAUGCAGAUCCGCGAAUACGUCCCUUUUACUCGAGGAUACUCUAUACAUGGCACGUUUCAAGAGGUGACUUCCGAAAUGCGGCGGCUGUAAUGUAUCAACGGGCACGGAAGCUGGGGACCUUGUAUGACAAUCCUGCAGACUUCGAUGCUUUGGCGGAAUUGCAACUUGAAGCUUAUGUCGUCAGUAUCAAUGCAUUAUCGCUGAUUGACCCAGCUAGCGCUUGGUUCGUUAUGCCGCUCACGAAUGGCCAUGAUCGGGAACCUCGGAAACGAAAGAAAUUAUCAGUGCACGUACCAGAAAGCAAGUAUGCAUUCGGCAAGAAGGAUGCGGAAAUUGUUCAAUUGGCCGAUAUCCAGUAUGAGCAUGCACUUUUGGAUGCACAAAUGGAAUUGAACGGCCGUGAUCCACAUUUUAUUUCGGCCGGUGGACUUUCGCUGUCUCCAUCAGCUCUUGUCUUGAAACUUGCUCAGCUCAAUCGUUUCAACACCGCGAUGGCUACUGCACGUAAUCUCGAUGUCGAUAUGAGCGACGUCUUCGCCCACUUAACAAACCAGUGUAUACGACUAGAACGAUAUCUAGAUGACGUCAUGAGCGAAGACACCUCCGACUGGUUACUCACCGACAAGGCAUCUUCAUGGCCUGGGACAUAUGCAGAUCGCGGUUGGCGGUAUCUGCGAAAUUCCCUCGAGAAACAUGAUGGGCCUCACACAGAUUUCAGUUAUAGCAAGGUAGUUUUUGAAACACUGCUGGCCUUCGACAGGUCGUCCACGCCUCCCCCAUGGCUGGUUCAAUCGCUUGAGAGACACCAUCCGGAGUUUCUAAUCAGGGCAUUCUUGCGCUACGAUCUCCUUGAAUUUGCGCUGGAACAAGUGUUGUCUCUAAUGCACAAGAGUGACGCGCGCUUGGCGACUGAGCAGCCCAGAGGCAAUUUCGUGACAUGGCUGCCAUAUACCCUGAUAGAUCAGGUACUUCUUGCGGCAGAUUCACAGGACGAUUUGUCUUCCCGCGCUCGCUCCUUCGUACAGGAGUUACGUGCGGAGAUUGCAAGUCGUCUGAAGCGUGUUCAAAAAUUUGGACAAGCCACUCAAUAGCAUUCCUAUCUUGUGAUUACGACCUUGCCGCCGUUCCAGCUUUAUUCCGUACAGUUAGUGGUAAAGUGCCAAGAAGUAUAGCUUCUUCGAUCUUUGGGAUUACCGGAAGUGCUGAAUAAAUGACUCGAGACCUACGCAUUAUAUCGUGUAAUGUUUUACUUUUAUGUAGUGUGUUAUUGCCUGGAGUCGACGAGACUAAAACCCGAGCCUCGAGAUUGGGCUCGACGCGUUUGAGCGCUUAUAUAAGUCGUGGGAAUCGGGUGGUUGCUCCUGCUCACCCGAGUUGUCUUCGAACCUUCACCACA